AUGGGUGUCAGGUCGCUCGUCUCAUUUGGCUUUGUUCUCAUCCCUAUAGCGGUUACUAUCAGCGUGCUGCUGGGGAUCCAAGCAUAUCGCGAGUCCAAAGGACUACCCUCGAACCCUUUCGUGGACAACUCGAUCAAAUCACACCUCUACUGUCAGAAGGCAUUUGGUGUCACUCCCUACACGAAUGGCCAACAAUAUACAUUAAACCCGAACCAAUGGGCUCUUCCCGACGACUAUACUGGGCCGGGAGGAUUGUGUAUGAAUGUCACUACCUUUGACAAUGGCUCCUACCCAACAAAGACAUCAGCGGCAGAGUGGUCGAUCACUUGGCAGUUUCCCCGUGGUCCGCCGACUCAGCCCGUUCACGCGUUCCCCAAUAUCAAGAUGGACUCGAAUGUCUUUCCAAUCGAGAUCUCACAGGUCUCGGCUAUCAACUUUGAGACUGAAUGGUACUAUGGAGUCGGCAGUGACAGGCCGGAGACCAUGGACAUCGCCGCCUUGACUGCUGCUCAACUUGACGCCAAUGUAGCCAUCGAUAUGUUCUUGGACUCGGAUCCGGACAAAGCCACAGACACGGUGCAAGCCAAGUACGAAGUCAUGAUUUGGCUUGGACAAUUUGGUGCAUCGACGCAGCAAAUUGGUCUGCCGCAAGGAGCCAUUGCCACCCAGGUUGUCAACGGCACCACUUUCUCCUUGUACUCCGGCGUCAAUGGCAUUGGGCAAAACGUUCUUACAUGGGUGGCCAGUACUGCGGCGACCGGAGUACAAACCUUCAACGCGGAUAUCGGCCCUUUGCUACAAGGUCUGACCGGUUUAGGAGGGCCUACCGUCAAUGAUUACCUUGGCUACAUUGCGUUCGGCUCCGAAACGCUUGAUUCGGGCUCCAACGUCACUUUUUAUAACAAAGUUCUCGCCAUGGACGUUAUUUCUUCGUGA